CACAACAGCUCAGCCCCCUCCUGUCAGACGAGCCCGUUUCCCUGACAGCGCGUCUCAAACACGCGAAGCCUUCGGCGAGAGCGGCAUCGCCUCACAAAGAGCGCAGUCUCCGGCUAACAAUAAACACCACGCGGUUUAUUUAGGUUCGCUCUCCGCGGUCAGGGAUCGCCGCGACUACGCCGCGUCUUUCCCUCUCGCCCCACUGAGACACGAAAAAGGUGGAUUUUUUUUAAACCCCUCCUCCCCCCCCGCCCCCCCCACCUCUCCAGCUGCAGUUUGCGAGUUCUGUCAUUGGCUGGAUCCCGCGGCUGUGAUUUGACUAAACAAACAGAGCGGAGCCGCUUCGGGCUCUGACAGAGGAGACUCGGAUUCUCAUCCCUCCGGAUUUGAGGAAUCUGCCCCGCGCUCCUACAAAGCACGCUCGCUGGAAAGCCGUUACUCAGACCGCGGCGCUGAGCGGGAGGAGGAGGAGGACAGAUUCCAGGAUUCCAGUUUUUUUUGGGUGAGGGGGGGAGUCCCUACGCUUUUGGGGUUCCACACUUCGCAGGAGUCAGAUUCAAGGCAUCCAGCGGUGACACGCUUCUGAAGAAUUUCCUCACACUUCGGAUUGUUCUACCAUGAAGAGAAGAAGCACAAGGGUGGCAGUGUCUCUGGCUGCCAUUUUUGCAGCCCUUCAGCUCUGCGGGGGCGGCCGCGCCCUGGAGCUCUCGCCCGGCGACGACGUCGUGGUCCUGAGCGCGGGCGCCAGCUUCUCCGUCGACUGCCGGGGGCGGGGCGCGGUGACCUGGAGGCACGGCCUCCAGGACGCGGCGGGGGUGCGGGUCACGCACGGGCCCGCCCACAGCAACCUCGCGCUGGAGAACGCGACGUGGGCCCACACGGGGAUGUACACCUGCGUCGACCCGGACGCGGGCGAGACCAGAAACGUCUCGGUGUUCGUCCCAGACGACAAAGUCUGGUUCCUUCCCGUCGAGUACAAUAUUGUGACGCGGACCAGCCACCAAGCCACGGUGCCCUGCGUGGUGACUAACCCCCAGAUAAAGGUCUCCCUGUACGAGGCGACGGGCAACACGUCGCUGGACGGGGAGUACCAUCCCCUAAAAGGGUUCACCGCCCACCUGGAGGACAAAAGCUACUUCUGCAGGGGAGAGCUGGACGGCCAGCGGAGUAACUCUGUCGAGUUCUACGUUUUCACCAUCCUGGUCCCAGAGAACCUGGAGCCCCACGUCAACGCCUCGAAGACCGUGAUGAAGCAGGGCGAGCCCCUGUCGGUCCACUGCACCAUCGAGGGCGUGGAGCUGGUCCUCUUCUCCUGGGAAUACCCACGCAUGGAAAGUCUGGAACUCGAACCCCUGACCGACGUGUUGUCCAGCACGAGCAUGCGCUCGAGCCUCUUCAUCCCCAACGUCACCCUCGACAACUCCGGCUGGUACGUCUGCAACGUCAAAGAGGACAUGCAGAACCAAAACGCCUCGGACGCCAUCCUCGUCACCGUCCUCGAACGCGGCUUUGUGAAUAUCAGUUACGCCGGAAGAAGAAACAUUUCAGCCCAGCUACACGAGAGCAUUGAAAUCAGGGUGCAGAUCGAGGCCUACCCCAAGCCCACAAUGCGCUGGACCAUGGACCGCGGUGAUCUCCAUGGAGAUACUAUCUCCAUAGAAACCAAACAAAUGGAUGAGACCAGGUAUGUCAGCACCUUGACUCUGAUCAGAGUCAAGAAGGAACAGCGGGGUCGAUACGCUAUUACCGUCGCCAAUGAGGAUGCUGUCAAGAAGCUGACCUUUGACCUGAAGGUCAAAGUUCCCCCACAGAUUGUUAACUUGUCCGAUCACCCGCUGGCUGACAGGCGGCACAGUGUGAUUUGUGUGGCAGAGGGGGUGCCUCCGCCGCGGAUCCAGUGGUUCAGCUGUGACAGCAGGCAGAAGUGCAGCAACGGGACCAUGCCCUGGCAGCCGCUGGUGGCAGAGCCCGAGAGCGUCGACAUCCAGACGAACGUCAGCUACGACGACGUCCUGAAGAUCAGCCAGGCACGGAGCGUGGUGACCUUCCAGGGCCUGCAGAGGGUCAUCUCCGUCCGCUGCCAGGCCACCAACAAGAGGGGGCAGAGAGAGAGGGACAUCAAGCUGGUCUCACACAUGCUGUUCUCCCAGGUGGCUGUGCUGGCGGCCAUUUUGUCCCUGGUGGUUUUAGCUGUGAUUUUCACCAUCAUUCUCAUCGCCCUAUGGAGGAAGAAACCCCGCUAUGAGAUCAGGUGGAAGGUGAUCGAGUCUGUCAGUUCUGAUGGACACGAGUACAUCUACGUGGACCCCAUCCACCUGCCCUAUGACUCUGCCUGGGAGGUGCCCCGGGACAGCCUUAUCCUUGGUCGCACGCUGGGGUCGGGGGCGUUCGGCCGCGUCGUGGAGGCCACCGCCUACGGCCUCGGCCACUCGCAGUCCACCACCAAAGUCGCCGUCAAAAUGCUCAAAUCCACAGCGAGGAGGAGCGAAACCCAGGCUCUGAUGUCAGAGCUGAAAAUAAUGAGUCACCUGGGCCCCCACCUGAACAUCGUCAACCUGCUGGGUGCCUGCACCAAACAAGGCCCGAUCUACCUGGUAACGGAAUACUGUCGCUAUGGAGACCUGGUGGACUACCUGCACCGGAACAAGCACACCUUCCUGCAGCACUACGCGGACAAGAGCCGCCGGGACGCGAUCAUGUGCUCCAACGGCGUGGCCGACGGCCAAUCGAAAGGGUACGUGUCGUUCGCCGGCGGCUGUGACGGAAACUACAUGGACAUGAGCAAGGAGGACAGCGCGCAGUACAUGGCCAUGAAGGAGCUCAGCGACAUCAAGUACGCCGACAUCCAGCCGUCCGUCUACGAGACGCCCUACCAGCAGGACCUGUACGGCGGACAGGGUGAGGAGAGGUCAGAGACUGCCCUCGUCAUCAGUGACUCCCCCCUCCUCAGCUACUCGGACCUGGUGGGCUUCAGUUAUCAAGUGGCCAAGGGGAUGGAGUUCCUGGCAUCCAAAAACUGCGUUCAUCGUGACCUGGCGGCGAGGAACGUGCUGAUCUGCGAGGGGAAGCUGGUGAAGAUCUGCGAUUUUGGCCUGGCCAGAGACAUCAUGCACGACUCCAACUACAUCUCCAAGGGCAACACCUUCCUACCCCUGAAGUGGAUGGCCCCAGAGAGCAUUUUCCACAACCUGUACACCACCCUGAGUGAUGUCUGGUCCUUCGGGGUCCUGCUAUGGGAGAUCUUCACCCUGGGUGGGACCCCUUAUCCUGACCUCCCAAUGAAUGAGCUAUUCUACAGUGCCCUUAAAAGAGGCUACCGUAUGGCCAAACCUGCUCACGCAUCCGACGAAAUUUAUGAUGUCAUGCGCAAGUGUUGGGAGGAGAAAUUCGAGAAAAGGCCCGAGUUCUCCUACCUCGUCCACGCGGUGGGGAACAUGCUGACCGACAGCUACAAGAAGAAAUACACCCAGGUGAACGACGGCUUCCUGAAGAGCGACCACCCGGCCGUCGUCCGCACCAAACCCCGGCUGUCGGUGCCCCUGGCGUCCCCCCAAAACGGGUCACCCGUAGGCAUCCGGUGGGAGGGCGACGGAGAGGAGGCGCUGGCGUCCUACAACGAAUACAUCAUCCCCAUACCGGACCCCAAACCGGAGGACGGCUGGGACGAGGCCCCCACACUCACAGACGGCUCCUCCAGUGACAGGUCCCGGGACCCCGACGAGGAGAGCGAUUCCGUUUCCCUGGAAGCGCCUGCCGCCGUCCCAGAGGAGGAUAAGACCCAGCUCAUCCAGAAGGAGGAAGAGGAGGAGGAGGAGGAGGAGGAGGAGGAGGAAGUGGGGCCAGCGGAAUGCCAGGGAACUCCGGACGUGGAAGACAGCUUCCUCUAGAGACACCAUGAAGGGCCCGGCCGCUGACACCAGUCACACACAGGAGCCAAAAUGGAGGCGUGGCUAAAUUAUAUAGAGUGAGAGAGAGAACUGGGUAAACCUGGUUUUACCUUGAGAUCUGCAAGAAUGCGUUACAUUCUGUCCACAAAAAUUAUGCCCACACAACUUAAGCAUCCUUUUUAAAGAGCUUGUGAAUCACACAGGCCCAUAUUGGAAAUGUUAUUUCAGUGAAACGUGGCAAUUUUCUGUCAUUCUUGUUAUCGUUGGCUUUUUGUCAUCACUGGGAAUACAGUUGACAAUUUAUAUGAUUGAAAAGCUGGCCUUUUUUUAACCUUCUAGAGGAAAGUUUUGCUGCAUAUACAUCCAUAUACAGUACAUUCCAUAAUAAUUUUUAAUUAAUUUUUAAUAAUUACCUACUCUAUUUACAUUGAAAUCACAAAACAGUUUUUAUAAUUUUAUAUUAUUUUGUAUUAGGUAUUUCCUUUAAGGUACAAUACAUUUAUUAUCAGAGAACAGCAAUGGGUACACUUUAAAUAAAUGUUUAUGACCGAUAGAGUUUAUUAACUAUAGUGAAUUAUAUAUUUGUAAACGUGUGCACAGUUUCCACAUAUUAGAGAGAUAUAGUUUUUUUAUUGGUGAACAGAUGAGCAAAUUAAAGAAUAUCAGGGACUUCUAUUGGUUAUUCCUGUGUUGACCUAACCAUUGAUGAAUAUCAUUUUACACAAUUUGUCUGAAAUAGUGUGUUUAAUCUACAAAAUGUAGGGGAAAAAAACAGUAGGCCGUCCAUCUGGAACUGUAUCAACUGCCUGAGUUGUAAUUAUUCAUGUAAUUAUUAGUUUGUGGCCAUGGACAGAGUUUAAGCGAAAUGUUUUUCACUAUCUUCUCUCCACUUCACUGAGUGAAAGGGUAGAGAUUCAGAUAACUUUUUUUUUAGUGUGCUUUCAGGAAUGAUUCGACUAUGCAUAGAAAAUUGCGUGAAAAUUUGUCGGGAAAGAUGUGUAAACACACCCUUCCCAAAGCAACAAAGCAACAACUUUUCAAGUUAUCCGGAGCACAAAAAAAAGGCAAAUAUGCCUGUUUUCUGCUUUUGUUCCUGAAUCCCAUGGUACGUGUUUUUGCUGUUGAUCCAAUCCAUCCCUUACAUUAUCUAUCAUUGCUAUUAAUAUGACUGAAAACCUAAUCAUGGCAUUAGUCAAUGUCCUGUUUAUGCUAAGCAGAAAUUAACUAAUUACAAUUGCAGUUGCUGAAGUUGUGAGAUUGACUUUUGAACAAAUGUAACUGAAUAGCUGUAUCACUGCCAGACAAUGUCAUUCUCAGACUUUAGCUGUUGAAGUCAUUGUAAAUACCACUGUCUUUUUGUCGUGUAGAAGUUGUGUAGAAGUUCAAAGCAUCUUAAAUGUAUGACAUCAUACACUCAUCCAGGUGUACCAUUCCAAGCCUUUUAAACAUUCAGUUGUGAAAAUGUAUACUACGGUUCACGUGAAAUAUUCACAUUCCUUAUAUAGUCCGGAAGUUGGGGAAAAUAAAAUAACUUUGUAGCAAUGUUGCACUUUCAGACGGAAACAUGAUGGUGAACCAAAAUGAUUUUUUUUUCUCUUUCUCUUGAGUACACUUACUGAAAAUAUGACAAGGAAGAGAACUUACAAGAGGUACUUACAUGAAUAGGUACUGUAAGAUGAAUGUAUGUUGCGAUAACACAGAGCAUACUCAUAAGCCUCCAAGUAAACAGUAAUAACACUCUUUAUAAACAUUUUAAAUACGUCUGCGCUGAGAUUCUGUGCUUUCACUUUUUUAUGAUGGCCUCGUUUUGAUACAAUGUUGGACUUGUAGUUCUUUUUUUGUUAUCUUUGACCACUGUCUAUUCAGAGCGGGUACAUUAUGCCGCUCAUAAGAUAGCAACCAUGAAAUCCAGUUUGACAUCGGAUGUACCAAUGCUUCUGUUGUUUUAGAAGUAUUUUUAAAUCACUGAGAGUACUGUCCCUCUGAAGGUGAUCAUUUCUAAUGGGACACGUUUUAGGCCGCCAUUCAAGAAGGCACACAGUGAAAUGUCCAGUGUUAAUUCAACUUUAACAGUGUUUAUUCAACUCUUAACUUAACAUUAUGUCACACUUUCUUCCAGAUUGGUCCAGAGUGGGACCAAAGUGGGACCAAAUGUAAUCUGUCUGAGUUUAAUUGACACUGUUGAAGUUGAAUGAACACAGGACAUUUCCCUGUGUGUCAGCUCAGAAUAGACACGUGACAUAUAUUCUUUAGCGUGAACAAUCUUUGCUGAAAUGGAAACGCAGUUAUUACGUCACAGGAUUUCAAAUUCAGGCCACAAACAAGCCGUGUCAUGCGCAGCACCAGGGACAGGAAAAGUUCUGCAGGUCAACACCAUUUUGUUUGAGCUCAUUUGCAUGAAUAGCAGUACAUUUCUAUUCAGUUUAAAAACUGCCUCAUAUGUAAAAGGACAUACUCUAGUCUAGCGUGAAGAGGGACAGUCCUGUACCGCCGUACGUCAGUUCAGACAUUUCUCGAAAUAGCAGCGAGAGGAAAUGGGUGCGAAGUUUUCUGUAAGCAGAACUGAUGCUUGGCACAGGACAGAUGUUGCCUCUGACUCAGGAUUAGCCUUGAGGCUACCAUGGUUCAAUUUCAACUUCAUAUAAUAAUAAUAGCAUUGUUGCUAGGUUUUUCCCCCGUCUUCUACCGAGCACUCUUUCUUUUCAUUAGCGCUGUCCGAAAGGGACAAGACACAAAGCGAGAUCUACGUUCUUGAGGGGAAGACCGAUCGAACUCACUUCCCGUUUACCUCACACAUAAGAUUCAUUCGACAAGAUUUUAAGAGAUGUAGCAGUGAAUAACAGUGAAGUAGGAUGUCUUGUAGGAUGUUUGUACAAGCUCAUUUUAGGUUACUUAAUACCGAACAUACAUCAAUUAUCAAUUAUCUUUAGACAAAUUGUCUUCACAGGAAAUGUGGCAUUAGCAUGUCCAGUUUCCUGUGACAUGGCCGUUGUUUUUUUAUUGCACAUGCACCCUCCACUGUUGAUCUUACCUUUUGAAAAUGUUGUACUUUUGAAUACAGGUGGCUGACCUGACGUACACACCUUACCUGAGCCUGCAUCAUUUCUUCUGUCUCAGUUUCUUAUUUUCAGUGGGACACGAUUCACCUGUUUUCUUUGUUGAAGGUACUGAAAUGAAAAGGGAAACCUGUGCACAGUGUACCACACAUAUUCUUCAUACACAUGUUCACACAAUGCAGAGGUACCAAAGCUUUUAAAUAUGUUUACUUUUUUACUUUUUUUUACAUAUUUUGUAUCUUACUGUAUGAAUAUUUUCUAUCAUUGUAAAAGACAAACUUUAUAAUAAAGAAUUUUACUAUUA